AUGAUUGACACCAGUGCGAUUGCGCUCGUGGUUAUUGUCCUGGUGCUUCUACCGAUCCCCUCAAUCGCAAGCAAUUCAAUCGACUGGUGUGAAUAUUGGGCGAGGGUUGGUAAAAAAGUGAGUUGAUCGUCGAAAGCCUAGAAUUGUUCAGGUCGCUAAUCAAAAUGAGUUUUUGAAGACCGAUCGACCAGAAUGUGCUGGAUACGAGCUGCCGAGCGGACUAAAACGAACAGGUGAGCAUCAGAAAGCGUUCAGUGUGAAUCGCACGUUUUCAGAGACGUUCUCAUGCUCCAAAACUGAAAUGUACAACUGUCUGGACUGUGAGCCGACUUGCCACAAUUUGGUUCCGAAAUGCCGCAAGGUACGGGCCUCCUAUGCAACCGUUUUUACGAUUCGAGACACCCGAGUACAGCGUAGUGUUCAGGUAUUUCACCUGAUUCUGUGUGCCAAAGUGUGCCAAAGUGUGCUGUGUUUUAUUAACUUUUUUGUUCAAUAGUCUCUGGUCCUGACAUUAGUUGACUGAAAAUCCUUAUGACCAACGUACUUCUGAAUCAUCACCAACUGACUUCAACUUCGAAAAACAUUUAGGAGCAAUGCAACAAAGGAUGCGUUUGCAAAAACGGUUUGGCACGAAACUCGGAAGGAAGAUGCGUCUCAUUCCGCGAUUGUGCGUCCCAUGCCCCACCGAAAAACGAUUCGGUUAAAGUAGAACAGGAGGAGGAGGGCACUGUAAUGAAAAGUGAGCAUUUCUAGGCUCUUCUUUACCAAAAACGUUUGUUUUCUUUCAGCUGUGAAGAAAAUGGUUCCAGUGAUUGUGAACGACGUGUGGAAGGCGUUGUUCAAUUCGAUGAGCACCCCGGAUGAGAAGAAAGGAAGCACUUCAUCUCGGAAGCACGUAGUAACACCUGAGCUGAAACCGAAAUUCGUGGAAAAGGAGAAGCCUUCUGUCGAGUUUACGACACCGCCAGCAACAGAAAUCGUCAAGGAGGAGAUAGAAGGGAAACAGAAAGGUUUCUAUAUUGACUAUCCUUAACUUUACUGUUUAUAUAUUAGAAGAUUCUUUGGAGUCAGUGCGUGUAAAUUAUAUUAAUUGUGUUAUCAAAUCUUGAAUAAAUGUAUUCAUUGCUGAUUUUGACAAAUGUUCAGAAAAAUGCACAACAUGUCCGGACCGGAUUGAGCUUUCAGGCCACGAGCGAGCUUCGUCAAUGCGCCUACCAGAUUUUUGCGAAAAACUAAAACGUUCAGAUUUGAGCUAGCGCGCUUUUCAAGCGGCCGGCUGGCUUGUCGCUCGCUCUUCCACGCGGCCGUGAACUCCUCGUGGACAACUCCUUCGCUUCUUCAUUGUUUGAAAAAAUUUCGAGUUCUUGAAUAAAAUCAAAGUUAAAACGGCAGAUUUUUUUGUAGAACCUCAAAAAACCGAUGAAAUGAACAAUGGCGCCAGAUUAAUUCACUGCAGAUUGCUCAGGCUCAACUCAAUUCUACGAAUUCAACCUCAAAUGUAAUUUUUUGCGAUUUUCACCACAUAAACAAUGCAUUAUGUUACAUAAUUUAUGUAGAUGGAGAAGAUCAGUAAAUGCAGUGUCAACAAUCACGGAAAUUUCAAUGUUCAGAGCAGAUCAAAAGUUGGUGAAAAGAAACGAUUUUCGAGGAGUUACAGCGGCCAAGGAGAAGGUUUUUUGAAAAUAUAGUUGAAUUCAAAAAUUACCCCGUUCAGAAAAAAACCAACAACCCGGACGUCAUUUUGUCAAAAAUUCAAGAAAAUCUGCGGAAAAACUAUCGAAUCAGCGCAUCUGUCAUUCUGUUCGACGUCAUCAGACAAUUGGAAGAAGGAAACGGUUUUUCUCUUUCAGAGCUAUAAUCGAAUUUAUAUCUAUUUUACAGAUGAGCUGACGCAAUACAUUCUGCGAUCGCCAAACCGAUGGAUUCCACUUCUUAUCUCCAGUUGUGGCCAUCCGCUGUCUAAUGUUGAAAACGCCGUCAAAAAUGAAAUUUUAGAGCGCUUAUGGUCAAAAUUAUCAGCUGAGAGUAAGUAAAUCACAUUAAAACCAGGAAAUGUUCGUUCAGUUUCACCAAUGCCAGCGUACGCGUGGGACGCCCGAUUACGUGUGCUCAACGAGAUCUCUUCGGAAUGGGAUCCUUUGAAAGAAUUGGAUGUCAUGGAGAGAAGCGGAAUUGAACCUACGAUCAAAACUUUUCACGCAGUUGUUGAUAGAAUUUCCACUUCCGGAGACGUCGACGGUUGUCGGAACAUGGUGUACAACAUGGCCAGGAGAGGAUUCGCCGUUGAUGCACACAUAAACGCUGCUUCCGUGUUUGUGUUCUCUCUUCGAGGGCAUUAUAAAAAAGCGGACUCGUUGUGUGAAGUUAGAUCUUUUAUAACGUAUUUUUUAUUCCAUCAACAUUUUUUUCCAGCAAGCAGCCACAAAAUACGGUGAAGAGGGCUCCAGACUGGCUUACGGAGCAGCAGUUCGAGCAGCCGCAUGUCGUGGGGACGACGAUCGGCUGCGACACGUUCUCCGUAAAUGUGUGAUAAAAUCGACAAAGAAAUUGGAGCUGUCGUCGGACGAUAUCCUUGAGACAAUUUGGCAAAUGGCCGAAAAGAGUCGCGAUGGGAAAGGAGCAGAGUGCUCGCAACUGGUGGAGCAAAUGCUGAACUGCACAAUGCGAGACGCCGGAUUCUUUCGAAAGUUGUUUCGAGAAAUUGAAAAGCACAUUUGUCAUCGACAUUAUUACACGGCUCUUUCGCUACUGGAAGAUACGAAACGAGUGUCAGAUUGUCUGGAAAAUCAGAACAAGAACAGUAACUUUCUUGACUAUUCACAUCUUUUUAAAUUAUCCCUUUCAGUGUUCCUCCACCAGCUCGUCGGUCGUCUGUCAAGCCAGUUAAUUCGGCAUCAUGAGCCAGCACAUUUCAUUCGAGACGUUGCCAAUCGAGUUCACAUUGCGUUCAAUAGUAAGACUAGCAGAACGAAGAUUCGCAUGUACGAUGAUCUUCUGUAUGCGACGUUGAUGCUGAAAGAGAUGGAUGUGGAUGAUCGGAUGCUGUACUUCAGAAGCUUUGUCGAUGAAAUCGAUAUGAAACGGGAAAGAAUUCAUAUCACUCUUCCAUUGAUUAUGAGGUUUGAAUGCCAGAAUUCGAAUUUUCAUUGUGAAUUCUUCUUUUCCAGCGAGGAAGAUAUCAACCAACGCCUCGCGAUUCUGUUCCGUCUCUCCACAAUGGGCUAUCGGGACUGGUCGAACCUUGACAUUGAUCCUCUCGUCUCAGCCAUUCUCCAACCUCUUUACAGUAAUAAUUUUCCCUUUUUAAAAUUUUGAUUCAGCUACCUAUCACAGCUUCUCUCUCUCUCUUACAGACAAUGGCCGUCCGUUCCGUGAUCAAACAAAGCUCGACAAGCUAGCCCGAAUUAUGAAGAGCUACGGAAUCUCUGAGCGUCAAACGUGGCUUCUGCUGCACAAAUGGGCGAAGAAGAAGGCAGACGAGGAGGUGAACAGACCGGAAGAGCAGUGGAGUAAGCCGUUCGCUCGCGAUCUAAGAGGAUGGUGUCGCGCGUAUUACCUGGAAACGUUUGAAACUCCGAAAGUAACUGCGAAGAAGUCUGUGCAGAUUCCGUACGAGAAGCUCAAGUCGUGUGUGGAUCAAGGAGACAUUGCAAAGACCACUCUGAUUUUGAACAGCAAUGGUUGGCCAGUCGAUACUGAUUUUCAGGAGAUCGUUCCGUCCGUCUUGAACUUGUAUUUAAUGCACGAGCCGUGGAAGAACGUACGGAAAAUGCUCGAAGAAGUAGCCACAUUCUCUACCGAAUGGGACGAGGAACCUGUGAAAACGCCGAUAAAAAACUUCCAUCUUUUGAGGGUGCUUCAGAGGUUUGCAGGAGAAGGCGAUACUCUAUCUAUUCGAGGCAUCACUGACUACACCUACGAGCUCCGCACUCUUUUCCCCUAUGCGAGAUGCUAUUACGAAGGAUUCUUCGAGACACAACGAGAAUGCAGGAAGCUGUUCGUCAAGUGUUUCGAGCGACUCGACCGACAACAUCUCACAACGACGAGUAUCGACGAGCUAAUCGACUUCCUGCGGUGUCUCGUCAAACUCGACCUGAUUCAGUUGCAUCCAAGCGAGACGCUCACCGUCUUUUUCAUCAACAUCCUUCUGAAAAGAGUCGGAUGGAGUGAAGCGCUCAACACGUGGCAGAAAUUCCUUUCAAGUCUACAUUGCUCGAACGGCACAGUCGCGUUGCUCAGGCAUUGUUUGCAGCAAAACUCGGAUGAAGCCAAGAAGAAUAUGCAGUUUGGUAAGUUGAAUUUCACGCGACACACGCGAAAACUAGAUUCACCCCAUUUUCUGCAGUUCUUCAUCGUGGCUCCACAUUCAUGUCACAGUCCCGGAUGACCGCAAUGCAGUUAGCCGUUCUCAUCGGAAUGCGUCGGUUUGAGGAGGCCGACAAAGUGUGCGAUCAGUCUAUAACUCGAAUCGAAGCCAACGACUGCCUGAUGGCGAUGCGACUGAUGAACGCGCUGAAAGAACGCUCCUUCGACGAUCAGUUCAUGCUCGAUUUUGCGGCGCUAUGUCUUCGAAAACUGCAGCUCGCUGAGCAGACAGAGAUCGCGCAGAGCAUGCAAGCCGAUCUGCUGCGCAUAUGUGACAGUAGGCACAUGGGUCCAGCAGCAUUGAGGGUCUAUGACUUGUUUUCCGAGUACGGCGUAGAGUUGCGAGACGAGGAGAAGAACCGACUGGCCACAGCCAUCGAGAAGCACGCGAGUCUUUCCAAGUAGAUUUUAAAUGUUUGAGAAUCAAAACCUAAUCUCUGUUUCAGAAGAUGGAUAUUCAAGCCCGAUGGUUUUCUGAAUAUCGCCGCCAACGACGAGAUUAUCACGGAAAGCGAGGAGACGCGCAUUCAAAAAAAGCUAAAAACCACGACGAGUUGA